AGAGCGGCGACAGACAGCUGACUUCAGUCUAAAAAGAUCAGUUGAAUUUUUCUAGCUCGUCGAUAUACCAUUGCCAACUACUAGAGUUUUGCAUACUUCUGUGCCACGUGAGCCUUGGAAUAAAACGUUUUUUGUGUUUGAGUGUUUAAUUUUAACUGAGUUAUACGGAUACCUACAUGUAGUUCACUUUGUCCCAAGAAAAUUGAUUCAUCUCUUCUCACAAAUCUGUCCACAGCACAAUUUUAGUGCUCUGCACUUUUGUUUUUUGGUCGUAAACCGUAAAUGGCUAUAGCUUCGAGAACCAUGCAGGCUUUUAAGAAGACGGGUCUUCUUCUGGAGAGAUUCUGUCCGCUAACCUUGGUGGAAAUUCGAACGGCUUCCCACUUGUCUGGAGACAGUUCGCGCUCAUUUAAGUUUGCCGACAUCCGUGUACAGCUAGAGGACAAACUGCAGCAGAAACCAGACAUUAGCACUUUGAAAUUUGGAAACCACUUCUCAGAUCACAUGUUCGAAGUGGCUUGGUCGGAAGCCAAAGGAUGGGGCACUCCGCGCAUCGUUCCCUUCCACAAUUUCCAGUUGCAUCCGGCAGCUAAAGUGUUGCAUUAUGCAUCGGAGCUGUUCGAAGGCAUGAAAGCUUACACUGGUGUGGAUCACAAAAUCCGUCUGUUUCGUCCCGAUUUGAAUAUGGCGCGCAUGCUGAACACUUCCAAAAGAUUGGCACUUCCGGAAUUUGAUGGAAAAGAAUUGACCCGCUGCAUUGCCAAACUCAUCGACGUCGACCGUGAAUGGGUGCCGCAGAAUACGAAUAGUUCGCUCUACAUCCGACCGACGCUAAUCGGCACCGAGCCAACACUCGGUGUGGCUAAAUCCAGCGAAGCGCUGCUGUACGUUAUCGUCGGUCCAGUGGGACCGUACUUCCCGUCGGGCUUCAAACCGAUAUCGCUGUUGGCGGAUCCGAAGUUUGUCAGAUCAUGGCCGGGUGGUGCUGGUGCUUACAAGAUGGGCAGCAAUUAUGCUCCUACUAUUCACGUGGCGAAGGAAGCCGCCAAACAGGGUUGUCAACAAGUCCUGUGGUUGUUCGGAGACAAACACUACCUCACCGAAGUGGGCACGAUGAACAUUUUCGUGUACUGGAUUAACGAAAAAGGCGAAAAAGAAUUGCUCACACCUCCGCUGGACGGACUGAUCUUGCCGGGUGUAACCCGCCAAAGCAUUCUCGAUCUGACUCAAACUUGGAGUGAUUUGAAAGCGGUCGAGCGAUCGAUAUCGAUGAAAGAUAUUCUGAAAGCUAAACACGAGAACCGGUUACUUGAAAUUUUCGGUGCCGGCACUGCUUGCGUUGUGUGCCCCGUGUCGCGAAUACUGUAUGAAGGUAAAAAUGUGGACUUACCGCAGCCCGGAAGCCGUAACAGCGUCACGCAGCGCAUCCAUGAUGAGUUGUUGGAUAUCCAGUACGGACGCACAAAGAACCAUCCUUGGGCUGUGGAGAUCGAUGCCAUACUGGGUAAGACACCCGAACAUCACCACAAUCUGCACGACGAAGCAGUACCGAUGAAGAAGCGCGCGAUGAAGCAGUAGAGAUGGAAUGGUGGUUAACGGUGAACACUGCCUGUUUUGUUGCGGAUGCUGGCUGUAUUUAUCGCGCCCGGAAGUGGCCCGGUGUAACGCAAUGCAUUGCUGUUGGUUUUCAUCAUACAUUGUGCAAUCUCGUAAAUAAUUAUUCGUCCUGAUGAGAAUCUCCUUUAUUUUUUUGCUUCAAUCACAAUGCAGCUGUAGAUUUUGUUUGUUAGAGAGUUGGUUUAAGUUGUUAAUAAUGUAUGUGCAUUGUGCACAAAUGUUGCUUAUUGGCGCCUUUGGUAACCACACUGUAAAUAUUCUUGUGUGUUCCGGUCAAGAUUAUCCCCCAAUCACCAUUUGCUUGUUGAAUUGUAUUUAUUUUCGCUCAGGAAACUGUUGACCAUGAUUAAGCGAGAUUCUGCAAGAAUAGUACGAAAUGUUCGAAA